AUGUUCCGAAGGAAAAAAGCCGACCAAAGCGAUGUACGAGAAGGACGUGGAGGCUUUGACGGCCUUUGGAUUCGACUCCCUGAAGCUGGACAAGUGCGGCUCGAUGCAAGACCUGAACCUCUGGGCGCGCCUCCUGAACCAGACGGGGAGGCCGGUCAUGAUCGAGAACUGCCACUGGGGGUUCACCGUCCCCAACGCCACGUGGUGCCCCUGGCACUUCUUCCGCACGAGUGGGGACAUCCGGGCCCAGUACGGGAGCAUGGUGAGCACGCUGCUGACCACGGUGAGGUGGGCGAAGGCAGGCCUGUCCCGGCCCGGCUGCUGGGCUUACCCCGACAUUCGGGGGCUGCUGGUCGGCUGCAGGCACGGGCCCGGCGGCCCGAGCGACCCUGGCAUGAGCUACAGGAGGCCCGCUCACACUUCGGGGCCUGGUGCAUCGUGUCGUCGCCGCUGAUCCUCUCGCACGACGUGAACAGCGACGCGGUGAUGGAGGAGAUCUGGCCCAUCAUCUCCAACAGGGAGGCCAUCGCUGUGAACCAGGCCUGGGCUGGCCACAGCGGGAGCCCCUUCAAGCAGUCGGCCACCAACAUCACGCUGCCCGGCUUCGCGGACCAGACCAGGAAGCCCAUCCUCGGCGACCACGGCGUGGCCAAGGGCAAGGAGACGCCGCUGCCGAGCUGGCAUUUCUUCUACAAGCCGCUGGGCUCCGGGAGGGUCGCAGUCCUGCUGAUGAGCCACACGGAGGCGGAGCAGUCUUUGACGGUCUCCUUCGCCGACGUGCCCGGCCUGUCUUGCUCCCGCUGCAGCGUGCGCGACGUCUGGCUGCGGGAGGACGCUGGCGUGCACGUCGACCAGUACACUGCGAGAGGCCUGGCGGGCCACGACUCCGCCUUCCUGGUCCUGUCGCCAGAGCCCCCGCGCGCCGCUGGGGGCCUCGUCGCCGCGCUGCUCGGCGGGCCCGGGGCGCCCGCCGCGCCGGUGUCGCCCCAGGGGCUCGCCCUGCUGGGCGCGGCCGCGCUUGUGACCGCCGGGCUCCUGCGCGCCACGGCGCUCGGCUGCUGGCGCGGGGGCGGCAGGGGCCGCCAGAAGCGGCGGCGCUAG